CACAUGCAUAUUAUUUAUAUAAAAAAGGAUAGUUCUUUAAAGUUGUAAAUCAGCUUUAAAAUAGACUCGACAAGGAAGGAAAAUGGGCAAUGUCUGCGUUAAACAUAAGGUCCAUCGUGUGUCCUGUAACCUCCAAAGGAUGCAGACAGAUGGGAAGUUAUUUGUGGGGAGGAUGUUUUCUGUACAGGACUCCCUCCCCAAGCUUCCUGUCCCACCCCUAGAGCAGACCCUCCAGAAAUACCUCCGAUCAGUCCGACCUCUGUUGACUGAUGAAGAGUACGUGAACACUCAAAAGGUAGUAGAAGACUUUAAAAGAGACCCUGGUCCAAAGUUACAAAGUCUGUUGGAAAAACGAGCACAAAAGGAAACAAACUGGCUCUCUGAUUGGUGGACUAACACUGCCUACUUGGAAUUCCGUCAGCCUGUGACUGUAAAUGUCAGCCCAGGAGUUGUGUUUCCUAAACAGAACUACACAGACAAAGAAGGACAACUCAGAUUCACAGCCAAGUUGAUUUCUGGUCUUUUAGAUUACAAAACCAUGAUAGACAAACAAACCCUCCCUGUGGAGAAGAUGGGGAAACAGCCCCUGUGUAUGAUGCAGUACUAUAAGAUCCUGUGUGGGUGCCGUAUCCCAGGUAAAAAGAAGGACUCCUGGGUUUGUUACCCUCCAGACGAGGCCAAUCCUCCAAAACACUUCGUCGUGGCCCACAACAAUGCUUUCUUUUUCCUGGAGGCCUAUGGCAGUAACAACCAGGCUUUGAGCACAGAUCAACUGUAUGAACAGCUGAAAUAUAUUGUGUACCAAUCUAAAGCACCAGAGGUUCCUAUAGGACUUCUUACCACAGAAAACAGGAACAAAUGGGCCAAAUCAUACGAGCUUCUGCUCAAAGACAAGGAAACCAAGACCUCAUUGUCAAUAAUACAGCGUAGCAUCUGUCUGAUCUGUAUAGACAAUAAACUCCCAGAUAGUGCUCCAGGGGAGGAAGAAAGCACAGCAGCUAAAAUGAUGUUACAUGGAGGAGGGAGUCAAUUCAACUCUGCCAAUAGGUGGUGUGAUAAAACACUCCAGUUCAUUGUUGGGAAGAACGGGGUUUGUGGACUGAAUUAUGAGCACACGACAGCCGAGGGGCCCCCCAUUAUAUCUAUUGUAGACCACAUCCUCGAUUACUGUGGUAAGAAUGAGGAAACAUCUACACCAUCCCCUGGUAUAAAAGCACCAAGAAAACUCAAUUUUAACCUCAAAUUUCCUGAGCUGAAAGAAAACAUAGAGGAAGCUGUAGACAACAUUGAUUCGUUAGUCAAGGAUGUAGAUUUAAAUGUGUUCAAAUUUACGGAGUAUGGUAAAAACUUCCCCAAGAGCCAAAAGCUUAGUCCAGACAGCUAUCUACAGAUGGCAUUCCAGCUGGCUUACUACAGGUUAUAUUCCAAGCCCUGCGCCACGUAUGAGACUGCUUCAUUGCGUCAGUUUCAGCUGGGUAGAACGGACACAAUCAGGUCAUGUUCCAUGGAGUCUCUGGAGUUCUCUAAAGGAAUGAUGGACUCAACAUUAUCUAAACAGAAAAAAGCCGAACUUCUGAGGAAGGCUGUCGCUGAGCAUAAAAACUAUGUAGCAGAGGCAAUAAAGGGGCAAGGUAUUGACAGACACUUACUGGGACUUAAACUGAUAGCCCUCCAGAAUAAUAUGAAGGUUCCAGCCCUGCAUAUGGACAUGGCUUACUCUCUCAGUAGUCAUCAUAACAUCUCAACUAGUCAGGUACCAGCCAAGCAUGAGGCUUGUCUGGUGUUCGGCCCCACAGUUCCCGAUGGUUAUGGAGUAUGCUAUAAUCCUCAGGAGAAACAGAUUAUUUUUGGAGUUUCCGCCUUCAACUGCUGUCCAGAGACGGAAUCUAGGAAAUUUAUAGACUCAAUCAGACAGUCUCUGUACGAGAUGAAGACAGUGUUAGAAGGAAGUGUGCAGUCAAAAUUGUAACAAAAUCUGGGCACUAGUUCAGAUACCUGUAUACAUGUAUGGGGAUUUGUAUGGCUGAGCUUGAUUUAAAUCUCAGGUCAAACAAUUUGUCAAUUUUAUGCAGAGAAUGUCUUGUUAUGUGAUUUAGAACUGUGAUGAAAUAAAUGAAGUAUGAUUGUGAUAUGAUUUUCAGAAGAGUGUGUUCUGUAUGCAAGCUGACCUAUAUAAAUUGGUGCUACAGAAAAUAUGGCAUUCUUUGAAUUAGUGUUUUUAUAAUUUUUACCUUUAGUAAAAUCCUACAGCAGGUUUUUUUUAACCCAUUAAUCAUCAAUUGAAGACCACAGACAUUUUUUCCCCAAAAUGUUUAGUGCAUUAAUUUUAUUGAAAGCAUUCAACACUGCUUUUAUUUAGUAAGUUAAUCGAGGAAAAAUUGCUCUAUAUAUGCUGGAGUUUCUAUCAGAUGUUAGUGUUGUGGUCAGAAUUAUUGUCUAAGGCACUCUGUAUACAGUCCUUCUUUUGAUUUCCAACCAGUAUGUGUACAUUGUAUUACAUAUAUUCCAGUAUUAUUCCAUCUGAUUUAUUAAAAAAAAAAAUUCUGAGGAAUCUGAUAGAUUGGUUUUACUUGUAUGAUGUGAUCAUGAUUGUAAAUCGUGAAUUGAUUAGAUUUUGGAGAGCAGCCUCUAAGUCACGUAUUGUCUUAGUAACAAUGUCAUGUUGUCCUCGGCUCUGAGGCUACAUCCUACCUCUUACUAGUGGCUCUGUCUACCAUGAAUUACUGAAGUAUAUAUGAUUACUAAGCAAAUAUUUAAUAGUCUGUGGCAUUAAGUUUGUUGGAAUUUCAGAUUUAAUAGCUUGUUUAUUGCUACCAUUUGGUGGUGGUAAGAAUGGUGUACCUCCAAUUUGUAAUGCAUGUAGCUGAUUAGAAUUCCAUUGUUGUAUAUUUUUUUAUGGAAUGAAUUAGAAGUGUAGAAUCACUGUAAUUGUAUUAAAAGAAAAAUAAAUUAAUAAAAAAAGUUCUAAACAAAGAUA